AUGUCAGCACAAGACAAUUUGUCCAAAGAAGCUACUCUAACGCAGUUAUUUGGCGAUGCAGAACGAACAAUAAAUCAAGGCGAAUACGCCAAAGCUCUUAAGUCUAUCGAUAAAAUUAUUACCUUUAUUAAACUUGGGAAAUAUCAAAAUGCUUUGAAUUUUGUUACGAAAAGUCUUUCGAAAAAUCAAUUCCCUCUUGAACGAGCUUACUGUCUUUGUAGGUUGAACAAAUUUUCUGAAGGAGCAGAACUUCUUCAUAAAUACCGAACUGCUGGAAAUAAUGAUAAUGGAUUGAGACAUUUGGAAGCACAAGCAUACAAACUUGAAGAUUAUAAUUCUUCUCUAGAAAUAUAUUACAAUCUUCUUAUUUAA